AUGAAUCUGUUGUCACUAAUUUCAAGUUGCUUGUUCCUUUCUCUAACACUCAUCUCAAUACCGUUGAAUUCAGCACAAUGCAUUGACCAACCGUAUCCUACUCAACCAAAUAUUAAGCUCGCCUCAAAGUGUUUAUUGGUAAAGAAACAACCGAUGAAAAAUGUUAAUUAUCAAGUACAAAACGACACAAAUAUGUUUGUAAUUCAAUUCAAUUGUGAAAUUAAAGAUAUAACAAGAUGUGCAAAAGUAAAAUCCUCUUUCGAAGAAGCAGGUCUUAUAAUAUCAUCGACUUUAAUAUUAAAUACACCAAUUUUAAUCAAUGCAAAGUUUCGUGAAAUGGAAAGUGCUGGAAUAUUAGGAGCCGCAGGACCUUACAGAACAAUGCCAAUGAAAGAUGAUGAUGGAUUUGAAAGAUUGUAUCCACAAUCUUUGGUUAAACAAUUCCAACUAUCUGUGCAUCCUGAAUUUGCUCCUGUUGAUAUUAUUGCUGACUUCAACUCAUUGAUACCUUUUUGGUUCGAAGGUGAUCCUCCAAUUACCAGUCAACAAAUUGGUUUCUUGGAAUUAAUUAUACAUGAAUUGAUGCAUGGGCUUGGAUUUGCUUCAUCGUGGAAUGUUUAUUUGGAUAACUUCCCUGAAGCUGCUACUCCUGAAAUUGUUGGUUUGACGACUGGAACUACAUUACCUGAUUUAAAUGCAAAAUUUGUUUUUAAUGGAUUUCAAGAAAGUGCUUUUGACAAAUAUUUGAUCCUAUUACCGGAAAAUAAAUUAAUCUCAUCUUAUGCAAACGAAUUAAAUAAAUUUGCUGAUUUUGGAACAACUUAUGAAAAUGCUUUCGAUUUUUUGAACCAAUUUGUUGUCUCACCGCAAUUUUUAGUUGCCAAGGAAAUCUUUAGUUCUAGCAUUUCUCAUGUUGAUAGUUUGACGUAUACAAAUACAAGUGAAUUUUUGAUGACGUUUUCUCAAGAAAAAGGUCGAACUCUAAAUGAUAACAUUCGAAUAGGUGGAAAUUAUGCCGGAGGUGCUAUAGGUCAUAAGCUCCGUUUAAUUCUUGAAAGCUUAGGAUAUGCUACAAAGGAGAGCCCUAACUAUAAAUCACCAUCUCCGCCCGAUCUCCCAUUCAACGAAGAUUUAAACUCUUCGUCAUGGAAUAAUUUUUCAUAUAAAUUUUAUCAUACGUUCGUGGUUGGAAUCACGAUAAUCAUGAUCAACUAUUUGUAA